GAACUAUUGGAGGUUGGUGCGAAUUUCAACCCGAUUUCCGAUCUCGCCACCUUUGUGGGUGCGUCAGUGCGGGAUCGCGCAAAGCACGAAAAGAAAGCGGAUUGGGAGUGGCUUAGUGAGAAUGCAGGUGCUGGCGCAAACCUAACAUUCUCUAACUGGACUAUGAGUAGCUAUGCACAGCCUUCAACCUCCACAACGUCAUCAUCAGCUUCAGGACCUCCUCCGGCGUCCUCUGCAGGAGCAACUCCCACUUCGCUUCCUUCGCUUUUGAACAUCGCUGCUGGCCUCUACCAAUCCGCGAAUGAGGCUGUUCUCGUCUUUUCUACUAGUGGAGACGAUCGAGACAGCAUUGUCAGUCUCUAUGAGGGAUGGUUAGCGUCAAAACUACAGGCUCAAAUGCUGCAGGACUGGGAGGAAGCAACCGAGACCAAUGCGACAGCGGAGAUGAAGGUACAACUAGAUAUGAUUUAGGGCGGAAAGAAACUACAUCUGCUAAAAAUGGGUCGAGCCAGUUGUAACCUCGAAGAUAACUGUCUUCAUAUUCUUGUCGUAGUGUAAGAAUAGGAAUAUUUAUUAUUACUCAUAAUCAUGCUCAAGCUCAUCUUCUGUGAGAAAAUUUUCCACGACGACCACCCACACAUUCACAUUGACCCGGUAGCUCUAGUACUUCAUCGCAACAUCAGGUCCGAGCCGCGCUGCCUAAUCUUGCGGAGCGUGCCCAGCUUUUCGCUAAAGCGCAGAUGAUAGCCAAUCGGCGCGCUCGCGAAUGGCAAUUUUCUACUGGUCUGAGCCACUUCGACUUGGCUUCUGAGGGUCUGUGGCCUCUCACGAAACAGCUCGUUGAGGAUUCUGUGCUCCCUUCGAUCGCGAACAAGACACUGUACCUCACAGGACAUGGGUUAGGCGGCACCCGCGCAGCGCUUGUGAGCAUGUGGUUAGAUGGGAAAAAGAACAUUACAGCUCCUGCGUACACCUUUGAUGCACCUGGUACUCAGUGUUUGGUCUCGCAAGUCCUGCCAUCUGCUUAUGCUACCGAUAUCGAUGUGACAAAGUUUUACCCUCAAAUAACGCAAUACGUCCAUUCGCUGGACGCAGUUGGUCAAAUGGAUUUUCAGAACGGUAGGGUGUGCAAAUACGCGACUACCGCAAGUCGUGCCUACUCCAGUAGCCAACCAAGAAAGUUUGAUACCGCCUUGCGGUCCGACAUCACGCGCGAAGUGUGUGGUCGCAUCGUUGGUUGGAACGGAGGGAAGCUCUUCGCAACUAGUGGGGUGUCAUUCUCAUCAACUCUCUCAUUCUCAUCAACUCUCGCCUCAUCUCUCGAGAGAAAGGACUUCGCCGUGUGUCAGUAUUUGACGCAUUCCCCUCUGUCGGUGACGCACUGGCUAAGUGACGAUAGUGUGCUAUUUCCAGAUGGGAGUACCGAUGGAGGAUGCACAUCAAGAAAUGCUACUGUUGCUGUAGUUCAUUUCGGCACGGGUGGAGACUCAUCUUCUCAACAGCAACAAGCAUGUCCACCUAGUCGCAAAAGCAGCUCUCUACCCCAACUCGCUAUUGGAUGGAGCCUGGAUCCAGUUUUGAAUCCUUUUGCUGUCCGUGACGCUUUGACCAACUUGCCUCUUCGUCAUCCGUGCUUGAAAUCGAACUCUGGAAUGGAGGUCGGAGAAGCAGGCAGUAGCAUUCCUCUCUCAGGCGCACUGACUCAUGGUGGACGUUUUCAGCACUGCUUUUUUCUUGGAGGUAGUGAGGAUUUUUUGAUGGUUGGAAGUAGCGGUGGGGAAGUUGUAGGAGGUAACUCGACAACUACCUCCGACGUUCUCAACAAAGCACUCAACCUAGCUUUUCGCGUGAAUCGUUUUGGAAUUGACGCCAAUUUCCAGGCUAGUUUGAUGUUAGAAACGCUGCCUUUGGCUUCUUCUUCAGCAGUCGGAAGCAGUGCAAGUAUGAGCACGUCACCAGCAUCGAACUCAUCAUCUUCUUCCAACAACUUGCUUCAACACGUCCAUGCUUUCUUGCAGUAUACAACAGCCACGGCUUCUACUUACAGAACGAGACCAGCACCAUCCGCCAACCAAGAAGAUCAAGAUAGCGUCUACACUUUACUUGACGCUAACUUAGUAGCAGAUUCAAAGCAGUGUGGCACCAUCUACGACUAUGUCGAGCUUUGCUUGAUCGCUGUCAAGGGUGGUGCAGAACAAAAUACCCUCCAAGUUUUCGUAGGAUUGAGUCUCAAGACAGGAAGGACAGGAGAGGCAGCGUUUGCACCACCACUCAUGCUGAAGGUGGCAGAGGCCACAAGGAAUGACACAUCUUCAACAUUCGGAGGUGCUAUCGAUUUUGUUUUUGCUGACCCUGGCAUGGACGAGCUCAUAUUUCCAGGAGGAGGGCAGCUUCAGCUAGCUCCUACGCUCAUCUCUCAAGCCGCCUCUCAAGCCGCGCUUCAAUUAGCUGAGAAAUUGCAAGCCGUUUCCGCGAUUGCGCCAUCAUUCAGUCAGAAUGUGCAGAAAGUGUACUUCCAAAAUGCUGAUGCUGCUCUACUUACAACAACUUCUGCCGUCAUCCCUUCUUCACACAUAUGUUUUUCUGGACUUUCAACUUCAAACGAGAAGCAGAAAUACCGCUAUCCCCUGGCUGUCGUACCACCUUCACCAAACGCCCUCAGAAAUUCUACAGAUGAAGCCUCCUGUCUUGUCUUGACACCACAAGCUGGCGCAAAGAUCUCACCGAUAUCUUCAUCCGCGUCUUUGAUUCAGCAGCCAAGACGACCGAUUGCGUCAUCAUUACUGCAAACGCCUUCUGACGUAAUCCAGCGGCAGCAAGAACACACGGCGUGUGUGGAUCGAGUGAAACAGAUUGUGUUUGAGCAGGCUACCGUUUUCUCAGGGUCCUCCACGCCACCGAUCCAGACAGUAAACGCAGCAGCUGUCAAUGACGUGAUAUCACGCCUCAAUCUAACUGCAGCUGUGCCAGAACUAACGGCAACAGCGGUAGCGACGAAAUUGGCACAAAGAACCAGCAGCAUCUUGAGCCUUCUGGAUCAAGUGGCAUCUUGUGCUGCAAGCAACGCCGUGCUAGCUACGUUUCUUUGCACUGCGAUCGACGACUCAUCUUUGCACCUGGAAGAUGCAAUCUUCGGACGAUCUUCUUCAUCAAACUCCACCAUGCUUGCUGCACUCCACUACGGCAUAGCCCUCGAUCUUGUCACGCAGACUGCUGCAGAAAGUUCGCAAGCUUUCACGACUGUCGUGAAUGCAGUCAUUGAAGCGCGUCGUUCUCAUGGCAAUGGGGAAGUAGCUUCUAUCCUCACACCAUCCGAAACGACAUUACUCAAAUCGCUGGACUUGCUCAUGAACACAUGGACUCAAGCAUUUUGGGCAGACGACUUUACUACGAGGUUCGACUUCUCAUCCUACUAUGACGACAAGAAUUUGCGAAAUCUGACUUCUACGAGUGCUGCGAGCAUUUCCGGGAAUAAGACGUGUUGCGACACCAGCACAAAAACGAAGUUCGCAAUCGAGAAAAGUCAACACGUGGAGCAAGUCCUCCUGUCCCUGGCAAUGGUGCAGUUUCGACGCGGAUUUCCCGACUUGGCCAGUCCCCUAAUUACACUCGCAGAGACUUUUGCUGGCAAGAAUUUUCUGCCAUUUGAGUCGAUGGAGCACAAGAAUAUGUUAGAAGCAGCCUUUCUUGCCAGUGGAACAAGUGGAACGCUGUCUGAAGAUAUACACAGUGGACAUAGCAACUACAACUCUUCUUCAACCACAUCUACAACAGCGCAUCUUUUUGCCUGGGCUGCUCACCUUUCUCCAGCGGCAACCUGCGCUGCACCUCAAGAGUACCCGUUUCGUGCUUUCCUGUUGCUGUUUUUGCACCUCAGUGCGGAGGUGGUUAGGAAGAUGCCCUCUUCUGGCGACUCUUCAGCCACUGCGACUGCGUCCGCCUCCGCUAGCAGUCUUACACCACUAGCGCAACGUUGGGCUGCGAUAAACAAAGGUGCUACUGAUGCGUGGGCUGUGCAGACAGCAUUUCGUGAUCGCUUUGGCUCUUCACCUCCCUUUUCCACGACAAGCGACGCUUUUCGCAUCGAUCUUGUUUCCGAAUUUCUACCCAACCGACUUCUUGUGAGUAGUUUUUUCGGCAUUUUGGAUAGUGGCAUGUCAGGUUUGGAGUUGGUGCUGACGAAUGGCAACGUGAUAGGAACGACACGGACGAACUCCUUUUCGGGGGCUCUCCUAGAGUCUGAGACUGGUGUGGAGGAAGACGAGGUCUACUCUCUCGUAAAAAAUCCCUCAUCAUGUGCAAGCCUCGACGAUGCCUUCCUGGGAGUGGAGCUUUGCGCAGAACGACAACUCUAUUCCUCAUCAAGUACCAUUCCCGGUCUCCGCACAUCAGCCAGAGGUACAAAAUCUGUCAUCAUCGGACGACUACGGCUUAGUGGCAGCUCCGCAUCCUUGUCCUCUCCAUCCAUCCAGCUUUUCGAGACGCCUACUCCACAUCCCUGUUUGAUGCGUACUUGGCACGGUUCUAGUGAUGAAUAUGCAAGUCGCACUUUGGAGCAUACGACAACAGCGCUGCGAGCCUGUUCAGCGAUCCACGAGCAUAGCUACUUCGCAUCGUCAGUUGUAUGCACCUCGGACUAUAGGUGUAGUGUAAAUGUUACUGUGGAUCUAUUUGACAUCGGUGCAAGCGGCCAACAAGUUGGCCAGGAGGGAGCACAACAUCAGCUGCACAAGCAAAGACUUCGAAUUCGUUUUUUGAAAGACGAAGCGCGUUCCGACGUGAGGGUUCAGCUCGACCUCGGUGGGUAUCGAAUGGCUGACAUAGAUUUGGACUCAGGUCAAGAGCGAUGUCUGCCUGGCGGUGCGUUUUCUAUUUGUGUCGAACGCAGUACUGAAGGCAUCCCUUUGCCAGCCACUUGGACUUUGGGACAAGAAGUGUACAAUACUAGUACAGCUUUGAGCAGCGGCACGAGAAGGAGAAGGCUCUCGUCAGUUCUGAGCAGCACUGAAAGCGUCUUGGCUGUUGCAGUAAAAAGAACAAUUAUUGCUGGAGGAGGCCCCCGACCCGGGGGUCAAAAUUACGAGGAAAAGCGUGUUUUUCCGCUUGCGGCGCUUGACUCACUGGCCAAGACGAUGCGCAUCGUGGAUGGAUCUUGGAUGAUCGGGGGUGGGGGAGCAAGCAACUUCCGAGGUUUCGACGCCGUUGUGUCCGCUCAGCCACAUGAUGAGUGCCGCUUCGUCACAUGUCCAGACGGAUUCGAAUGCUUUAUUCGCGGAACAAGUGAGACAAGUUUAUUGACUGCAGAAGUUGUAGCCGGCGAAGAUCGAUCGUGCUAUCCAAGCUUGUAUAGCUUCUUUUCAGGAGAUUCAUCUUCAGUCGUGCCAGAGCAACGCACAAUCCUACAACAACUACAGAGAUUUUCAGGUCUCGGAGCAGCGACGCCGAAUGUGAUGACCGGCUCGAUCUACGAGGAAGACGGUUGGAUCACGAAAAAACGACUCUGCUUGUUCAAUACGGCGCCAAAUGAACAGCAUCCCCAUUUUUCGCCAGAAUCUUGUGCAACAGUCGCAGAGAAAAGUGUCACCUUGAGUGCUGAACAUCCUGUGACUGGUCUCGCUAACACGACACAAAAGAUUUGUCUUCUUGCUUUUCCGGAUCACAAAGAGACUCAAGUGCUCCUGCAGGGUGAACCACAAGAAGGCAAUGAAGGCUUCGACUCUUGGUUCUCCUGGAAACGUGGCCGCAGCAUCGUCAACGGCUACGAAGUUCUCCAAACAGUAGCCGCUGCCUAUUCUCGCUACAAGUCUCACCCAGAGUGGAAAGUUUCAUGGCUCGACUUCGCGCAGAGGAAGUGUCAACAGAUCUACUUAACUGGUCACGGCUUUGGGGCAGCGCUUGCUUGGGUCCACCGUUUAGACGUGGAAUUUGGCAGACUGGUGAUGUUUGCCGCACCUCCGGUAUCGCCUGUCUAUUCGUAUCCACAUACAUCAAAGUGCUUCGGCGACUCGUUCCAUACACAGCAGGAUCCAGUGAAGGGCAGUCCUCCAGGAUUUACGCUCAAAGGAGUGAGGGAGCAUACCUUGUGCGAUUCAUCGUCUGCGAUUAUAGGGAUAGACGCAUCAACAUCUUCUUUGGGAGAAGCAGGUGGACCUGGAGAUGGAGUAGUCCAGGAUCUCGGUUGUAACGCAUUCGAAAUAGGCGAACUCAGUCUAUGCAGUAAUGUGCCCCACUUUUCGAGCACGUAUGAAGCGUGGAUUGAUAGCUAUGCAUUAUCUCAGGGUCCUGUGUCCGGUAAGUGUCAAGUUGCGAGCGCGGCUGAUCGUGUGGAAACUUGUGUUAAUGCACUUUGCAAUGAAGGUGAUCAUGAUGGCCGUUGUGCAUGGGGUCGAGAGUUUCUCCGGUCACGUUUGCGACUAGAGUGGACUGGCAAAGCUGCUCUACGAAAUGCAAUGACACCCUCUAAGAUGAUUCCUGCGUUAGGACGACGAGAGGACUCGGGUUCAUCUUCGUCUCUAGCUUCUUUGAGACCAGAGGUAGCCUUUUCUACGGUUUCAACAAUGUACCACUCGACGAUGGGGGCUGUAGUACCAGCUGCAGUGCCGCAAGCCUCAUCUUCUUCGUUGACAACAGCAUUUAACAGUGUGAAUUCUGCCACGCGACUGUUGAUCCCUGGACCUGGUGAAGGUGCAGAAAUCGCUUUCACUGCAGUCGCUGAACCUUCAGCGUCUAGCAACGCAAACUCAGAUACAGCUGUCUUCACAGUGACGAUCACUCCUUCAUCAUCGGCUACGGAAUUGUUUCAGAAUUCGCUCUCUAGACUGCCAGACUCAAUACAGGGAGCACCACAAGUUCAGCUACCAAGCUCUUUCGUAGUCGAGAUCCGAGUCUCGAUACUGCCAGGUCCAUACACGAACACGCUUCACGUCACCAUUUCUUCACCACAAAUCCAAACCCAAAUACCGGGAGUCACGCAGUUUGAGUAUCACUUGCCUUUGAAUUCCUACUUCUGUCGCAGAUUCUUUGGGAAUAAUGUGCGGAUCUGCUUACUGUUUCCACAACACGAGGACUCUGGUUCCCUGCAGUUCCGAGUCUACUUCGGCAGAGAGGACUUCGUGGCUUAUCAAAAAACACUAGCAACUGUUGACGGAGCAGCGCGAACUUUGACCCUACUGCCUGGCGAACCGGCAUAUGAUCGCUCCAAAACGUUUACCGCCAACGACAUUGACGUUGCCAGUGCUCCUUCUGCUCUUACAGCUUCGUUCCUACCACCUACAUCGAGAUCGACUUCAUCUUCAAGAAGAUAUUUGUCUUCGAUCAUCUUGGCUCAAGCAGGAGCUGAGCAACAAGCGUCAGCGGCUUCUUCAGCAGCGUCCUCAGCUGCAUCUUCAGCAGCAUCCUCCGCGUUGACCUCAUCUGCUGCAUCGUCUUCAGCUGCAUCGUCAGCAACAAGCGUCGCAUCCUCAGCCUCAACCCUGCCCCUCGGAGACGACGUCGGAUCGCUCGUUUAUGGUAGUGCCAGUCCAGCAGUGGAAGGUCUUGUUGAAGUUGUCCAAUUGCAGCCAGGGUCGAUCGUGGCCUAUUGCGCUAGAGACGUUCCGAAUUCACGUGGUAUGUGCACGACGAAUCAAGAAUGCGAAUCCCUCGUUCCAGGAUCUAUCUGCGUCGCUAGUGGUGUUCAGAACGUGUGCAGCUGUCCUGCCGCACAAUGCCUGAGUCCUGACAAUCGCUUCUGCAUCGACAGCAACCUGCCAGGAGCUUUGAGGCCGCAAGAGGUAGGCCAUUCUUGUCUGUAUCCCGACCAUGCGAAUAGCGGUGUGACGCCCUUUAUGGUCUAUCCGGACAAAAGUGCGGGAAACCCAUAUGAGGUUUGCGUUUUGUUGUCGCCGAAAAGCUUUGUGCGGUUGGACUACAGCCCUGUUGUAGAAGGCAAAGAAAUGAAUGUGGCGACUUCUGUUGCUGGAGCAGGUGGCGCGUCUGGAGGUGGAGCCAGUGGCACGGGGGUGACUUCAUCUAGUCCUCCGCAGCGCGAGGCAAUGCAUGUCAUGUCUGCUUACGUCGACCUUGGUCUCAUGGUUUUCCCACAGUUUUCCUUUUACCGUUUACUCGCUCUGAAAACAGAAGUGACUGAAAUAGCUCCCGGGCUCCCUGGGGUGCAAUUCACACUAACUGACGACACGGACCUCCUCGUAGAACGCAAUUUCCGGCAUGACCAGAUCCCAUUCGCUCUUCGCGGUUCAGGAACCGUCUUGAUGCGACACAUCCUGCCAAUGGGUGGCGAAAUGCUAGGCGUAGACUCUUCAUGCAUCGUCUUAGGCACUGCAGCUCGCGGAAACACCAUACCUCUGGCGGAUGCCUGCUUGAAGUCAAUCCCGUUGCUACCUGCAGAAAGGAUAGGGGACGAGUUAGUUCUGAAAUUUCAAAUCGUAUUUCGGAUUUGUGUGCCUGUGCUUUUGCGAAGAUGUCGCAAGAUACCAGUGAUUAAAAUAGUGCGGUCGACGAAGUUGAUCGAAAUACAACAAGAUGGAACGGCAACUGCUUCGUCCUCAUCUUCUGGUAGUGGCAGUGAUGUUGCCGGAGCUGGAGGAUCACUCAACAAUCUGAAUCUUACCGCAAGUGGUGCAGUUAUUAAUGCAAUAAGCAGUAUUAAUGCCAAUGGUCUACUGAUGAACUUGACAACCUUCAACUCCAGCAGCAUAUCCAACUUACUCCCGCGAAGGAACUUGGAAAAAGGAGAUGAGUCUUCUUCACUCGAGGACCUAGAGGACAGUUCAUCUGCUUCUGAGCAAACACCCUCGUCUACCUCACCAGCUUCAUCAGAUGAAGAACUUCAAGCCCAAGAGCUGGUGCUUCUCCUUCGUCGCCUAGAAACCCAACAACAGCUGCAGAGUAGUCCUCAGGGACCAAGGUUCACUCUAGAACCGGCAGAGCCUGAAAUUGGCACAAAGUUGAUAGAGGACGAUGAGUUCAACACAGGCGUCGAAACGGCGACCUAUUAUAUCGGGAUAUCAGCGCCAGCCUUCAUGCUCCUGGCGUUCAUAUUCGGCUCUUGUUUCGGCAUUCCGGUUUUGCAUAUGCUGAAACGGCUUGGGGUCGAAAGCUAUGAUCGCUCGGAUUACACAAAAUCGCAAGAGGAAAAGCGGCAAGCGAAACUUCUGCGCGAAGGCGUGGAACUCGAAACGAUGUUGAAGUCGCCCGGUGAAGGGGAAGGUACAGGCGAAGCAACCCUGAUUCUAGAUGGAGUUGGAAACAGUAGGGAUAGCGCGAUUGUCGGCGAAAAUUUGUGGGUCGGUGAUGCUGCUGCUAUCGAAGAUGGAUCAGCUUGUCUUAAGGAUACCAACACAUCAACUGGUCGGGCGUCGAAGAUAGCGAGACAAAGCGCUAGAACUUCUCGAGCCGUUGUAGGAGGCGCAGUUGAAGCUAAAAUCGGUAAUAUAGCAGGAUCGAAGGAUCGUCCUCCUACCCUUUUGACUGAUCAUGAUGAAGAUCUGGAAGCUGAAGGACGCUACAAUGACGCACCACAUGCAGAUGAAGAAAUAGAUGAGUUCCAGGAAAUGCAAGAAGAAGACGAGCUAGAGGAAGUCGAAGAUGCUCCACCCUUGACGGGUAUUGAACUAGUCAAGAGGGGAAAAGAAGUGCAGGAAGCUUUUGACUUUGACGCUAUCGAGAGCAAUUGUUGCGGAAUGCUCACCUUGGCUCAUAGGAUACCAAAGAAAGUCAUGUGGCAGUUUCUCGCGUGCUUUCAAUUCGCUUUACACUGCUUACGCGUUGUCAACAUUCGUGGCCGUUGUAUGCGCUUCAUGGAUCUGCCGAUUUUCGGUGACGAGGUGACGCAUUUCCGCACCGUGCCUGAAAAAUUACAGCCAAGCCCUAUUUUGAAGAAAUUCAUGGUGUGGCGGCGCUCGGUGUUGACGAUAUUUGUAGGCAGUAGUGCUUGGCUCAUGCUGGCAACGGCAGUGGCUGAAACAAAAUUAGUUUUAGAGCAUCUGAUCGAGUCAGGGAGACGUGAACGGACGCAGCGGGAGGUGAGGCAAAGCGUGGGCAUGAUGGAGGAUGUGGAUGUGUCGAUGGGAGGAGAAGCCGGCAGACGGCUAUCUUCUUCAUCUUCAUCUUCCGUAGUUCCAGGAGGAGGUGAGUUACCUAGUAGGAGUAGAACAACGACGAGAAUUCUGAUCAUGAAUGUAAAUGUAUUGAAAAAUAGUUUUUCCCGCUCUGGUGGACCACGAGCAGAUACACAUACUACAACCACGGGAACAAGAACUACAGAUGUUGACUCGGUCCCUGCAACGUCACCAGAGCAAGAUGAUGAUGAUGAUGAGCAAGAAAAUGGUAGAGCGACACCGGAAGAAAAAAGUAGAAGUACUAUGUGGUCGUGGAAAUGGGAAGAACAUCGAGGUGAGCAAAACGAGAGACCCGACCGUUUUCUGCACAUUCGUCAAACAAAAUUACAGCAUGAUCCACCAGGUAUUCUUCAUCGGAUACUACAACACGGAAUAGGAGGUGCUGAGCAUGGUGGCGAGACAGGAAUACGACCGCGCGACCUUCCGUACGACGACUUUCUCGAUGGUCAGCAUAAGAGAUUCACACAUAAUCGACUGUUGCAGACACUCUUAAAGUACGCAGAAAAGAAAGAGGAGUUGCCCUUUGGUUACGGGCUGCCUUCCCAUGAUGACAAUAAACCUCCGGCAACUAGUACGAUGUUUCCCAAGACCGUGACGGCGCUCAACAGUGUCAUGUUUUCAUCUUCACGCAGAAGGACAAGCUCUUCAAGAAGAAUAUUUUCACCACAAGUAGAAGUACUGACCUCUAACCAAGAAGACGAUGAACCGAAGCAAGUAGAAGCCGUAUCUUGGUGUCGUAGCUUAUCCGAAUCGAUAGAUGAGGCACUUCAAGCUUGGACAGGAACGCUUUCGAGAAGUUUUGGGUGGUAUCGACUCCUCAGUAAGAAAUGGGGAGCAAGAAGCUCAAUCAUUGCCUUUCCAUUUUUGCAACCGGUAGGAGAUGCAGUUGAAGGGCUACUGAAUGAUGAAGAAGAUGAGACAUGGGCGGUUGAAGACGUAGAGGACGACCCGCCUAGAGCAGAAGCCGAAGUGCGUAGAGGGAUGAAUUUUCACCAGCAUGCUGGUGCAGUUCGGAAGAUGGACAACAUGAACAAUUAUCUGAAUAUCCGCAAGCUGCAACCUGCGACAACUAUUGAUGGCAAUCACACGUCGACGCACGCAGCGAAUGUUACACCUUCAACAACGAGUGGCCCCAAUCAUGGCAACCUCAACAGCACUUCGUCUUCACUAUCAACAUCUUCAAAUACAGGAAUAAUCAAUGCGACUUACAUGGGAGACCGAGCUGGCCAGCUAGCUGCUCAAGGUAUAAAUCAAUUACUGGAUGCCAUAAUCAUCGCGGAGCGGGUGCAGCAAUUUUCUGCGUUGAUGGGCAUAAGGAAUUUCAUCCUCGCCCUCAUCACCUUACUCUGCGGAAUCCGCGGAGCGGCAUUCUGGUACUUCUUCCUUUUUUUCAUCCGCCCUUUCAAAUUCUGUUCAGACGCAGGCCGCAGACCGUCAACGGUGUAGCGCCUUCGAUGCGGAGGGGGCGGCGCGGUCCACCUAAGGGGCUUCCGACCGGUGCGCCGGGUCUUGUUCGCAAAAAAUGGCAACCCUGGCGCAAGCCAGCAGGUUGGAGCGCGCCGCGUCUCCGAGGCGUGGCGCACGGGUGGGCUCGAUGGGACAUGCUUGGAGUCGUUCUGAGUCAGUUGCACGACAAGCGGCGCCGGGCUUCGAAACUUCUACACGGCGGUCCCGUACAACGAAAGGGGGGGCGAGCGUACGCGCAAAGCUUGCGAGCUGGCCCCGGGUAACAGAUCAGACGGCGGCGUGCGGGCUACCAAGGUUGCUGCUACCCAGCUGCCCCGCAAGUUUGCGGCCGGCUAAAUGGAUCGCGAUCGCAAUGGGCUCCCGGAGGUCCCGGCUGUUGUUGUUCUAUGACAUCGGCGACCAGCGUGGGCCAUGUCGGUACGUGGUCGGGCAUGUUUGGGCGAGGUAGCGAGAGGGCCGGCCUGCAAUGGCGCAAAUAAAUACCCCGCGGCGGGCUAAACCAGCGAGGGGCGUGGCUUCUGGUUGUCCCUCUGCGCUACCUUGCGGGCGUGCUUGCUUUCUCUCGGAAGCCUUCGAACACUUUGGUCAACGGUUCGCGCCGGCGCGCAGGCAGGCAGCGGGCGGGCGAGGCUCGUAUCAUUCGCUGCGCCGGUGCGGGCUCGGGCAGUUUCUGGGUGCAGAGCUUCCCCUUGUGAGAAUUCGUCUCUCUUCGGAAAGAGUUGGAGUUGGACUGGAGAGCGCGCUUUGUGCAUGAUGAUGGAAACACGAAGCAGCAGGCGUGAGGCGGAGCCGCAACAGGCCCCGGCUUCAACGUCGCUGCAAUCCAUCGGCGAAGAGUAAAAAAACACGCGCGCGGGCGGUCGGAAGCCAAGAGAAUAGGGAGCGGCCCCAGGUGGCGCCCACGUUGAAGAAGAGGGCAGCAGGCUUUUGCCAUAUCAAUUUAUCUUACCCACUUUGAUUGAUAAACGUCGUAGGUAGGAAGCUAGCAAUAGCCCGGCUCAGUGAGCUGCGGAAGAAGUAGGGCAAACAGAUGCCCCAGUGGUUCAAUUAUGACCCUCUCCUCUCGUUGUCAUCAAGCUCAUUAGAUUUAGCGCACAAAAACAAGCACAGAGGCCCUUUCUCUCUUGACCAGGUGCGACUACUGUCACAGCGCCCUUUGGGUUCAGCGGGGCUUCAUCGCCAAGGUCAGCUUGGUCUCGUUUCUUUCCUAUCUGCCGUGGUAUCAUAUCGUGUUUGCGGAUCGUGACGAACUCUGUCUAUCCGGUGAGAAAUUCUGCGACCGACUCCUCCUACCUGCUCGGCUCUACAUGGACGUUAUCUUGAACACACCAGUGAUCGUCUUGGCGUUGUCGAUUACACCCGGCAUUAUUCUUGCGGCUAUCCACACCACCGAGAUUCUUCCGUUCACGAUCUUUCCCUACUUCAUAAUGGCCGCAGCACCUCUCCUAAUCAUCGGCAUUGGUGUUUGGCCGAUGCUUUCCCUGGUUGCUCACGCGGUCGUCUCUGACACGCUGUUUUGGGGCUGCUUGUGCUACGUUCUGUACGGCGUCCUCUUUUCCUGGGGUGCCUGGUACUCGAUGCGUGAAGUAGGGGCUUUUGAGGCAUUCGGAAAGGAGAUCUUCGAGUCUCUAUUGGCCAGGAAACAGAGAAAAGAAAACGACGAAGCGGCAAGACGAGAAGCGUUGCAACAGUUCGCAAGAGAAAGCAUCUGGAGCCAAGAAGGGGGUGAUCACGACGAUGAACUAGAAGGUGAAAGCAAUGUGGACGUCGAGUUGGAUGGCAGCGGUCGUGAGCGUGAAGUUAAGAGAAAAACUAAAACCUUAAAAGAUGCAAGUGAGACCCUCUACCUCUGUAUCGAUCCAACCUUACUUUUGUAUGUUCUUGACUUUGGCGCUUCUAAUGACGAUAACGUCAAGGAAGGGAACCUUCAAGUGGGAAGACAGGAUUCAAGCGGAUUCACGUCGCUGUUGACUCUCGCAGGAGCAGCUGGCGGCUCCGCGAAUCCGACACUGAAAAAUAUAGAGACUUCGUCUACUAGUGGAAACAAAAAUGCAAAUAUUACACGACCAACAUUGGCACCAAAUAUUACGCGAAUUGAAGAAGAAGAAGAAGAUGAAGAAGACAAUCCUGAUGAUACGAUGAGAAGUGCCCUAAAUGAACAUGAAGUAGACCAUGCUCUGACCCUUAUUCUGGACGAGGGCGAAGGAGGUGGGGACCAUGUAGUGCCAUCAACAAGAACAUCGGCUACUGGGGUGGGCGAUAGCGCCAUAUUGGGAGUCCCGUCUGGCGGGAGCUCGACUGGUGCCUCCUAUUUUGAAGGCAUGCAUCUGAUGCAGAGGGGUUCGCCUUCCGUGUCCAGUCAAGGUGGAAAUCGGGCUACUGUGAAUACUACUAGUACAAAUAGGACUACAGUAGGAUCUACAUCUGGUGGAGGAGCAGGUCGUAACACCAGAUCAACAAAGAACAACAUACCAGCGAUGAAUGCCAAACAUUUACGAAUAGAGGAAGGUGUCCAUGUCCUAGGCCUAGUCCUUGUCUCCUAACUACCAUAAGAAAUGGAGCAUGUCAUCUCGGCUGCUCGCUUUUAUUCAAUCUCAUUCCUCCUUUGCUCUACUAACUUCUAAAAUAGACAUCAACCACCACCUCGUCUGGAGAAAAGAAGCGAACAACGGAUGUUUGGCAUGGUGCUGUCGCGGACAAGUUACUGAAUGGUUCGACGAUCAAAACGAACGCGCUCAUUAGCUCCGGUUUUCUCGGUGCUCAUCAUCGGAAUGUCGCGGGAAAAAGCAAGAAAGCAGCUUUAAAAAGGUCCAAUUCCGGUUUGAACCGGAGUCCUAGUGGAGGUAGCGUUAACUACGGAGGUAAUCAUGGAGAAGGUAAUUAUAGCCCCGACUACUCGAACUCGCCGAAUAACAGUAGAGGAGGUGGAGGCUCGUCGUCAUCUCCGUCACGUUUUACACGAAAUACAAGUGCUGGAACUGCGAAGAUGGGAGGAGGUGGUCGUAGUAGUUUCUCAACUGGUAGCGGCAAUGAGCAACUUGGCUCUAUAAUUGGUGAUCCAACCAACGAGCUUCCACCACAUCCCGACUUAGUUAAAUAUGGAAUAAACCGUGAAGAAAUUCAAAUCGGAAGAGAGACAUCAACAGGAACUACAGAUGAUGGAGACUUUCUUGCUGAUCCUACAGGAGAUUUACAACGAAAUACCUACUACAACAGUCGUUAUGGAGAUGAGGAUGACGAAGACGAAUCCGAGGAAGAAGGGGGUGCUAUUGCUGAUUACACCAUGGUACAAGCGGCAUUGAUCAAACACUUGUGUACGAAGACAAAAGAUUGCAUGUUGUUAAGGCUUCCCCUAAUCCAUCUCCUCUAUAGGGAUCCCUCAAACAUAUGCGCCCCGAAAAAGCAAAGGACGAGAUACCGACGCAUAUUAUGCUUGAGGGAUUUCCUUUUCCACAGGGAUCGAUGAAAAGGGGAGAGCUCUAAUGUUGGUGACGCGUGGGUGGACAUUUUGGCUGCAUAGGAUAUCCUUUCUACUGCUGUUCCUAGGCGUUUUGGAGGAAGGCGAGGGUUUCAUAGAUAUGACCAUGACGGGUGCUGAUUUAGUGGCGUCUAUCAUGUUCGUGGUCUUCGACGGCUUCAUCAAUACCUCUUUUGCAGUCCUCAUCGUCAUCGACGUGAUUUUCUCGAUGCUCGUGAAGAUGAGGCUUUACAACGGGUACAUGGCGGACGAUCCUGACUUGACGAAUUUGUCUGUCUUAUUCAAGUUCUCGGACAAAUUAAAUGCAGUCUUUUGUCGUGGAGUGCUGAAGGCACAGAAAAUUCAUCAAGCACAGCAACGUAAAGAACAUCGACGGCGAAUGAGACAACUCAAGUUAUGCUUUUGCUUCGAUAGUUUGAAUGUUUGUAUUCGUUUAGCAGUAGUUGUUUCACGACUACGUACAGGCACACGGAUCUGUCCAUGUCCAUCCAGUGGGCGAUGCACUCCAUGAUGCACCCUAAAAAAAGUAAGUCAGAAGAACUACAAACAUGCUACAAAUAUCAUGCUAUAUUUAUAAUAUUUAUGCAACAGCACCAAGAAGAAGCUGUACACCUUCUAAUAACCCGUGAAGCUGAGGGAGGCAGACGGACUAUGUUGAUGAAGACAGUCUCGAACGUGAAGUCCACAGUGUCUGGAGGUUCUAGAACAGCGAAAAACAUCUGCUGUCCUUGUGCAAGUACGGGAAAGAAGACUCGAGCGUCGCAGGCGAAGUUAAGAUGAAAUCAGGUUAACAAAUUUCGUAGUCGUACGCAACAAGUUCAAGAACAAGAAGUAUUGAACCUUAUACAAGGCAGCCAGAAAUGGUCAUCAAGAACUGCAAAUUUCUGGUACAACUGUAACUGUUGUACUUCUAGAGUACAACUACAACUAGAUCAAGAUACUAACAAACUCAGUCUGACAGAAACAAUGAUGAAACAAUAACAAGAUCGCUAAAUAUAUAACUCAACAUGCUCCUGUUUUUAACAUGCUGAACUACAAAUAUUUCCUCCUCCAUCUCUAAGAAUCACGGACUUGGUCAGUUCGAGCGGCGCUCCUUCUGCCGCGGAUCAGCACGCUCGAGACAGUCGCGUUGGUCCCUCAAACGUUCUGGAUGUCAGUGACGUAAGCUUCAUUCUUGAUAGUCAUCCUAUGGGAGUAAACUACAUUUCGUCGGCGCCGGUGCCGUCUACCACUGGAGCAGUAGAGGAGACCUGCUUAAAAACACCAGCUCAACAAGAACCCCAUCAAUCCAUCCUCCAGAAAGUUCGCAGCGUGCGCUUCUCAAGUCGGCACUCGACUCGAGGAAGCACGGUAGUCAGUGAAGACUCAGUCUCAGCAGGAGAUGAAUUAUCGUCCUUAUCUGAAGAUAGCGAUGAAAGUGGGACCACCUUCCGGUUUGUUCCUCAGGGACUAAGGGACCGCGCAGCAGCCAUCUUCGGGCGUAGACCGGUUUGGGCACCGUCGAUCAUAUAGUAGGUCGAGACGAGUAGACCGCUUUGGGCACCGUCGAUCAUAUACAUAGCAUGACGAAUUCUGAGCGCAGGUUUUCCUUUUGUCGCCGGUUGUUGUUGUAUUGUUCCUAUAUAUAAGGACGUUGAUGUUGUCGCGUCUUCUUCUACUUGGAGUCCAAGCCCCUUUAUCAUGUGAUUCAUGAUGAUUAUCAUAAUUAUAGGAUACACAAUCAAUUUAUUCUUUGAUUAUGCACCUUCAUCGAGUACUAAUCAAGUUGAUGUGAAUAUUUUCUUCUGUUCUUUUUUCCUCGUGUGCAUGUCGUGACAAGCUUGCUCUUCUUGACCUUCGACAUCAAAGUGAAGUAAGUUUUACGGGUGGAUUCAAUAUAUUCACUACUGCAUAGACAUCAUUAUAGCGUGCAUGAUGCCUUAAUAUUAUAGGAAAGCUCAAUGCAGGUAGUGCAGCACCAAGUAAAGAAAAGUUAACCAUCACCAAGUAUAUUAGAGAAGUUCUUAGUUGCGAGUAUGCUGAGACUCAAAGAUGAAGAAAUUAGUCAGGUUUUGGUUUUGCAGAAAACAGUACUACGUAGCAGCUUGUUUAUAGUUGAUCCAAUGUCUGCUCAGUCUCAGUCUCCGGUUUUAUUGCAUGUAGUAUCAUCCCUUUUCGGGGAGAACUUCUUAUUGGCGAUUCUUUGGGCUUCGGCUUGUUGCCUGAUCAUAGUCUGUACAGAUCUUGUUGAACAACCUGCAUGUGCAUGAGUAAGGAAUACUGAGUACAACAACGUCAUGGCAACGUCAAUGUUGGUCGC